GCUUCGCCAACUCAUACAAAUAAUUAUUCAUUAUUUUACUUCAUCUUUUACUCCCUAACUUAUAUUAUUUUAGUUUAACAACAUCACCACGACAACCAACACACACUUGCUUAAGUGUUGGAAUAAUCUAAGAGAUGGAAAUGAAGUCAUCAAUUCAACCAUUUCCUCAAUCUCCUAAAUUAUUUUCUAAACAAACCGAAACUCAGAUUACUCAAUCUCCAACCUUCCAAUUUCAGGAUAGUGAACCAAAUACUCAAAACACCUGAAAACCCCAAGGUUAUUAACAGGUAGUGUUAGUGGUAAUUAAAAUCUAAAAUGACUCUCAAAACUGAUCAACCAAACCCAACAAAGAGAAGACAAGAGCUCGUGGAGAAAGGUAGCAAAUAAUUGCAAAGGACACUCGUAAGAAGAUCAGUAUUUCUUACUUAGUAUGCCCGCACCUGCAGACACUCUUAUUCAGCAUGUGGGUCUAAAAUUUUGCUAACCCCAAAACAAAAUUUUGAAAGAAAAAAAAUCAUUUUCACCUUGAUCUGAACUGGCAUCCAUCCAUCCAUCUACGCACCUACAUUUUAAUUUGCUUUUUCAAUUUACCAAAACCCCAUCUUCUUGAAAUUUGAACCUUCCCAUUUACUAUUUCUGCCUCUAUUUAAACCUCUGCGUGGCUUCUUCAAGUUGUAAUCAAUCAGGUUUCUCCUCUUCCUUCCUUUGUUCUGAGUUGCCCACAGCACCUGUUCGACAAAUGGCCUCAAUGGCCAAUCUCUUUGUUUUUAGCGUUUUUCUUCUAUUUGGCUCAUGGGUUUCAGCCAAUGCCAAUGCCAAUGGACUGUCCCAAGAGAAGGAUGCUGUUUACCCCCAUGUUCCAGUUCCAGUUCCAUCUCCUCCAGUUUACAAAUCGCCGUCGCCAGCGCCGCCAGUGAAGCCACUGCCACUACCAGCUCCGCCUGUAAAGCCACCAACAACCCCUGUUUUGACACCACCUCCAGUUAAAGCACCAUACACCCCUGCCCCUCCAGUUAAGCUUCCACCACCUCCUUAUACUCCUUCUCCACCGGUAAAAGCACCGUACACUCCUUCUCCACCGGUGAAUCCACCGUCUUCUUCUCCCCCGCCGGCUAAAGCUCCUUACACUCCAUCUCCUCCUGUGAAGCCACCUUACACUCCUGUUCCACCAGUGAAGCCACCAUCUCCGGCAGCUCCUAGGCCACCUCCAGUCAUAGGCAAGGCCUGCUACCCAGAAUGUGGAAGAAGAUGCCAACUUCAUUCAAGGAAAAAGAUGUGCCUAAGGGCAUGCGUGACAUGCUGCUACAGGUGCAGGUGUGUUCCACCAGGUACAUACGGCAAUAGGGAAGUUUGUGGAAAGUGCUACACUGACAUGACCACUCAUGGCAGGAGAAAUAAGUGUCCUUAAGCCAAAUGAAGUUUAAGAAGAUGAAGAACGAACACAGUUUUUUGUUUCAUAUUUCUUGAUGGGUUUUGUUCUACAAUCUGGUUUGAUUCAAUGGUCAAUAGCCAUUGGAAUUACUACUCAAAGAGCAUAUAGGAUUAGGCCAUAGGGCUGUUCAUAAUUGUAUGCUCUGUUUUUUGGAGUGUUUGAAUUUGAUGUAUGAUAAUAUGAUGGUAAGGUAAGGUAUUGAAAUUAAUCUACUCUAUCUAGUUUUGUUCUUUUGCAA